UAAUAAAAAUACUUUAAAAUAAACAAUAAAAUAUUAUUCGCACUGUAUGGAAUAUGAACAUUGUAUUCAAAUACAAUCAGUGCUUCUAUGUGAGAAGUGGAAACAAGAACCGUCAAACAUCUGUGCUAGGCUAGUGGAAACGAAGAAACAAAACGCAAAAGUGCUUUUGGGUUAUUGUUUAUUGAUUGGAUUCGUGCUUUCCUUAUUAUUCAUAAAAAUAAGAUCUAUUUGAAUAAAAUACAAUGUGAAAUGAAAUAUAUAUGACCCUACGCCAUGUCAGCUAAUGGGAAUGGUGGGUUCUAUGCACCGCUGAAACAAAUACUGUCCGACUCGGAAUCAGAGGAUGAUAAACUUGAAAAUGCAAUGCAUAUCAAAGCUACGGAUAGUUGCAACAACCUGGACUUCAACAGUGGCCUGCAAUCUUCAAAGAACUACAGCAUAAGUGACAUGGACGAGUUUAACACCAACGUGAAUACAGUGGAGAGCACAAUGGACAACGUAAGCUUCUUACAAUCCGACAUAUCCACCAAGAUGACUUUCCCGCGCCGGUGCGCGUUCAUCGCUUCCAUACUUAUGUGCAUAUUCACCGUCGUGAUAUUCCUGUGGGGCAUUCCUUGCUCAGAGGUCGGCAGCUGCGCCGCUAACGAGUGGCAAGACAAAACUACCAGCUGGGAGUUACCAUACAAUGAAAUGGAACUGUCAGGAGCCGUACAGGUCGUCGACGGAGCGAUUCCAAACACAAAGAACUUGAUAUUCAUAUACCGAGGCAAUCAUAUGAGACUUGAACCUAAAACCAGCAGUGAGAAUGUUAAUGGUGUAGUUCUCAUUGUUGGCAAUUCUGGAAAAGUUGGCUGGUUCACAAGGGAAAGUAGAAUACCAACUGAUAUCAACUGUCACCUGCUUGAUGUCAAUAGGGAUAAACAAAAGGACUGUAUUGUGUCAGGUACUGAGGGAUUACUUGCAGCCCUGGAUUCAGUCUCUGGAACCUAUUACUGGCACAUUCACAAGCAGGGAAAAGAUCUGAGUAAAAUAGUUGCGCUUGACUUUCCUGUUAUGGUGAAAGACAUGAAUGAUGAUAAAGUGAAUGAUUUGUUGACAGUUGCCACUGUUUACCCCAAUGCUAACCACAACUCUCUACUGAUGAUAUCUGGUGCUACAGGCAUGAUCAUGGCUGAGCCAAUUCCUAUUGAUGAUUGUCUGUCUGUGAAACUUCUAGCUGAGAUGGAUACAGUUACAUACAUCUGUAAGAAUGGCACCACUGAAGCUGUGAGACUAAUAUCUUUUUCAGUAUUAAAGAAAAUGCUCAAGAAGGAUCAGCCUAUCAACCAUACACAACCUCCGCCUACAGUCCUAAAAAGAAUCAAUGUAAGCAUGAAGAAGAACAUUGGAAACACUAUAGAGACAUUUACAAAUGGUCCGGGAAAAUUGAAGGUGGAAAAUUCAGGGGAAUGUCCAAAUUCUUGCAGAGUUUACCUAAAACUUAUGUUGGAAAGGAAUGGCACAACUAAUGUCAGUUGGGAGUAUACAGCUAACAAUGUGUAUGCUAUGAGACCUAGCUCUUUUGCCUUCGCAAACUCCAUACGAGGGUUUGUGUUGAAAUUAUGACAGUGGAACAGUGCACACCUGGCAAAGGGUGCACUGAAAAUUGAUGAAGUCAGAUACAAUGUUCAAAAUCAAAGUCCCAAAAACAUUAAUGACA